UGCGAACGAAAUACAUAUUACGGUGUUGAUUAGUAAUUAGUGUACGUAAAAAGGAACAUUUGAUAUUGACACAUUUAUAUCGUCGUUUGACAUAAUAUCUGACUAACAGAAAACGUGAUCUGUAUACAAAUAUUUAGAAUAAAAAUAGCUUUAGAGAGUCAAAUGAUAAUAUGUUUAUUUUAUAAUUUAAUAAUAUUUUAUGGUGUGAAUAAUAAUGAUUUUCAUGCUAUGACAUUUGAUAGAUUGGAAGACAGAACUAUUGCAACUUAUUCACAUGAACAACAAUUUAGCCAUACCAAGUUUUUGGACGUUAUAAAACAAGAUUUUUUACAUAAAUAUUACAAUCCAGUUAACUGCACUAAGCCUGUCGAAGAAUUUGAUCUAGUUGUAAUGUUAGGUCAAGGAUCAUUUGGACAAGUAUUUUUAGUUCGAAAUAAAUCAACUCUAGAUUAUUAUGCAAUGAAAGCCCUGGAAAAAGAAGAAAUCAUAAAAAAAAAUAAUGUUAAGCAACUUUUGCAAGAAAAGAAGAUUUUGGAGAGCGUAAAAUUUCCAUUUCUACUUAAUUUAGAUUUCUUUUCUAAAGACAACUUGUAUGUGUAUCUAAUAACUUCUUAUGAAAGUGGAGGUGAGCUAUUCAAUGUAAUAAAAAAGUUCGGAAAUCUAUCAGAACCACUGGCGCAAUUUUAUGGAGCACAAAUGGUUUUAGCGUUAGAAUGCCUUCAUCAUUGUGGCAUUGUCCAUAGAGAUCUAAAACCAGAAAACAUAUUCCUUAAUGAAACAGGUUACCUUAAACUAGGUGAUUAUGGAUUUUGUAAAGUUAUAAAAAGUAGAACGUGGACGUUAUGCGGGACACCAGAAUUUAUUGCACCGGAAAUGAUACUAUCUAAGGGAUAUUCCUUUGCAGUCGAUUGGUGGUCGUUGGGAAUACUAAUCUUUGAAAUGAAUGCCGGAUAUCCACCAUUUUAUCAUAAUGAUUCGAUGAAGCUAUAUGAAAAAAUACUCAGCGGUAACUAUAAGUCACCCGAUUACAUGACUCCGGCUUGUAAAUCAUUAGUCAAGAAUCUUUUAAUCGUUGAUCCUAUGAAACGUUAUGGCUCAUUGAAAACUGGUGUCUUUGAUAUUAAGAAACAUGCAUGGUUUAGUGAGAUUGAUUGGAGUUCUGUACUGCAACAAAAAAUGUACCCUCCAUACAAGCCGGUGAUGAGAAAUCCAGGCGAUAUUUCAAUUUCCGAGGAGGAUGACAUAAAACUCAAAAGAUCGCCAAAGUGCUUAUAUGAAAAAGAAUUUGAAAUUUUCUAGAUAAUUUUUUAUACAUUUAGUUAUAUUUUUUAAAAUAUGAAUAAACUUAUUUUGAAUGUUUUAA